UGCCAAGGUGAAAGAAGAAGCGCCUGGGCAACUCCCAAUCUAACUGCUUCUUGUAGGCAACACCGCGUGGGCGGUCUGCAGAGCUGCGUUGCUGCAGGAACAAAGAGAUCGACAAAUGCCUCCCCUUGACGUCCCCAGACCAGGAGGUUAUAAAGAAGUGGCGAGUAGGGGAAGUAGCUUGCGGGUGUGCUCGCUGUGGGAGCACGCCGGGGCCCCUGCGUGCAGGGAACUAGAGAUUCUCAGUGGGUGGAGGUGAGGCACUAGAAGCAAAGCAAGCUUGCAGCACAGCUGGAAGACACAGCAGGCUCUGCACUGAAGAAGCCUUUUGAAAAGCUCAGUCAGGAGCUGGAGAGAAGGCUGGCUCAGGAUGAAUGAGCUGAAGCUCGCUGUGCUGGGCAGUAGAGGAGCCGGCAAGUCUGCCCUAACAGUGAGAUUCCUAACCAGGCGUUUCAUUGGAGAAUAUGCUUCUAAUUCUGAGUGCAUCUACACUAAACAUUUUUGUCUGGAUGGGAGGCAAAUGAACUUGGAAAUUUAUGACCCUUGUUCACAGCCACGACAGGGGAAGCUGUCCCUUACUGAUGAACUCCACUGGGCUGACGGAUUUGUCAUUGUGUAUGACAUCAGCGAUAGAGCUUCCUUUGCCUUUGCAAAGGCAUUGCUAUACAGGAUACGAGAUUCCCACCUGGCAGCUUGCAAAAGAGUGGUAGAGUCCGCUGUAUUCUUAGUUGGUAACAAGCAGGAUCUAUGCCAUUUGAGAGAAGUAGGCUGGGAUGAAGGACAAAAGCUGGCAAUGGAUAACAAAUGCCAGUUCUGUGAACUGUCUGCAGCCGAACAUUGUCAGGAAGUGAUGACCAUGUUCACAAAAGUCCUAAGAACCAUCAUCACAAACUUCAAAAUGAAGGAAAAGAGAAGACCCAGUGGUUCAAAGUCAAUGGCCAAACUAAUUAACAACAUGUUUGGGAAGAGGAGGAAGUCUGUGUAGUGGAUGUCCAGGCCCAUGGAAACCAUUGAACAAUGAUACACUGUAAUAUUGCAACAGUAGGCCAUAUGCAAUGCUUGGACUCAGCCAAUGAGUACAUGUGUUUAAAAGGUCUCCAUUUGAAGGGAUGAUAUGUCACUACAAACCAAAGAUGAUUGGCGGUAUGGGCCAAUAGACAGAGUACUGCACUGGGAUUCAGAAGACCUGGAUUCUAUUUACAGCACUACCCUGGACCUUGGCAAGUUUCUUCAUCUAUCUGAGCCUCUGUUUGCCCUCUCAGCCUGUGUCUUCUCUAUUUAGAGUGUAAGCUCUUAAAAGGACUGUCUUUUACUACCUUGUAGAGUGCCUACCAACAAUGGGGCCUUAAUCUUGGUUGUAGAUUCUAGGUGUUACUGUAAUAUUAAUAAUUUUUUUCCAAUGAACUCAGCCUCCCUGUACCUUGCUGAACAAUAGCCCAACUUCAGAAUUCCAAGAUUUAUCUGUAACGGCAAUUGCACUAAUUGAAACCAGGAUUGGUACUUUGUGAUAUUGCACUUGCAAGUAAAUGAGUGGAGGAUAAUUAAUGCCUGACUUUCAGGGCUUUCUUCCCCUGAAAAGCUGCCAAGAGUAGGGAAUCAGAUAAAUGAGGUCAUCAGCUGUCACCCAUUUUGGUCUUCCUGCUGGAGCUUGAUGGGAGGAAGUAUGGUCCAGCGGAUAGGAAACUGGAAUGGGAGUUAAGAACCUUGGGCUCACUUUGGCUGUUCUGUUGACUUGCUGUGUGACCUUGGACAAGGUCUUUUUGGGUGAAAUUUACUCCUAUGCAUCAAUUUUAUCUUCCCUGGCCACCUGGGUAUUUGAAUCCAUGAUUUCACGCUUCAGAGGUGGAAGCCAAUCCCUUACACCAUCUUUCACUCCUAUGUAGCUGGCCAGUACAGCCAAUGUACCACUGAAAUCCAACUUAAGAACUCAGGCCAAGAUCGUCAAAAGUAUUUAGGCACCUAACUCCCAUGGAUCUCUGCCCUCAAUUUGGUCCUCUGCAUAGGGGUGAUUUUCACCCUCCAUGCCUCAGUUUUCUUAUCAGCAAUAUGGGUAUAAUGAUUGUCUAUGUACUCUAUUUUAUUUAGGAGUAGGAUCUGAAAAGCCCCUAAGUAAGGAGCACAAGUUUGACUGGGUUUCAAAGUCAGACUUUCAAUGGACUUGUGGUCCUAACUGCCAUGCUCAUUUUAAAACUUAUAUUCAUCACCAUGGUAAUGAAAUGCCUUUGUAAAGCACUUUGAUUUGUAUAGAUAGUGCUAUAGAAGUGUCUUAUUUUUUCCCACACAGGUGCUGAACAUUAGGCACAGGAGUCUAAAUAUUUAAGGAACAGAAAAUCAGGCUCCUUACUGCAUACUUAGGCACCCAUAUCUGAAUGUUUCUGCUUGUACAAAAAUUAUGAAGGGAAAAGUAAGUGGUCUGAAGAUGACUGACUUUCUCCCAUACUGGUUCCAACUAGGGUGACCAGAUAUCCCAAUUUUAUAGGUACAGUCCCAAUUUUGGUUUUUUUUUCCAGAUUUACAGUCUGAUCACCUUAGUUCCAACAGAGCCUAAGGGUACAUCUACCAGCCUCCCAGCACAAGCAGACAGACUUGCAUUAGUGGGCUUGAACUCCUGUACUGAAAAGAGGGUGGAUGUUGCGGCUUGGGCUGCAGCUAGGGUUCUCAAGCCCACCCAACCCCCUGCAGUCAAGCUAAGGGGGCUAUCUUGAGUCUCUGCUGGAGCUGCAAAUUCAUGAUGCUUUUAGUUUGAGCCACAUGAGCAAGAGUCUGUCCACUCAAGCUGAGAGGUUUGCGCCCAGCUGCUGUGUGGCCAUACCCAAAGAUGCAAUUUCCAAAAGAACCCCCAAAAACAAACAAACAAACCCCCCUCAGCAUUGUGGCCUAACUCUGGUCCCACUGAAGUCAACAAGCAGAGUUAGGGCAAUGCUGAGUGCUUUUGAUAAUUCCAUGCAAAUAAGUAGAAAGCUUCUUUAACGAAAUAUAAAUGUUAUUUGUACAUGCUAAAAAUACUGUGACUAAAGAGCAUCACUUGUUGAAAAGAUCGUCUUAUUUCACACAGUUAUAGCUUUUAAAAUUGCAAAUAAUGGAAUUUAUUGCUCAGAAUGUUGGCAGGCUCAUCGCUAUUUUACAUCCAAGCAGACUUUACCCUACUGUAUCAAGGGUGAUUUAUAUAAGGGUAUAUAUUGGAAUCAGAGAGAUUGAUUUUAAAGCACUGAUCUAUUAAAUGACGCAAACACCACUCCUCCAAACUCUCUUAGAUGGCAGCUUUAUUGUAGUCUGUCAAUCUGCUGUGACAAAGUUCCUCUUCUACCUUGGUGGGUCCUGUGCUUGUUGGCAGAUUUGCUCACCUCACAGAUUC